UUCUGAUUUACAUUUUUACGGACAUUCAGAAUGAAUAUGCAAUUUCUUUAUGAAGAUGGACAAGGGCAUGCUGUUGAUAGAAAUGGAAUUGAGCCCAUGGAUCUUGUUGAUGAGGAGCUAUUUGCUAUCGAAACCAUAAGUUCUCGUACUUCUAAUGAACAAACCUCCUGAGAGAUCUCAUAAUCCUGUAAUGCAUACCGUUGCAGAUGAGAGGAGCAGUGUGGAUGUUUAUAUGAAGCAAUGCAACUGUCAUGACCAUUCCCGCGCACACGUUGUCUUGGCGAUAAUGCAUGACCAUGUGCAUUAUUGGUCCAAGCACACUCCUUCACUGUUGCCAUGCUGGUCCAUGCGCUUACCCCUAUACUUGCUCUUGUGUCCUCCUCUAUCGAUCUAUGUGUUACCUCAUGUUAUGCUCUGCAUUUCAUUUAUUUAUUUUAUUAUCGUUGUCUCUUCUGUUUCGCAUCUUUUAGUAUAAAUACCCGAUCUCUUUUAUGAAAUAAACCUCAGUCAAGAAUUGUGUGUGUUGUGUGUAUUCUCUCAUACUAUCUUGUUUUCCAUCUUGUCUUGUCCUUGUCUUGGUUCUUUUCCUGUUUCUAUUCUUGUUCCGAUUU